AUUACUUAAAUAUGCUGCGAACAAUUUUCAAUUCAAAUCAAUUAGAAUCAAUUUCUAAAAGGUCAACUUCAGCAUUCACCUGUUAAAUACUUCUGCAUAAUGAUGCUAUUGCUAAUUACAAAGAUGCUUUUGUUAAUUUAAAUAAAGCUGAAAUACAUAAAAUAUAAAUAUUAAAUGAAGAACUGCUACAUUGCUCCUUUAUAUUGAUGUAAAUGGGAUAUUCUCAUUGUAAACUUGGAAGAAAAGAAAAAAAAAACCUGAUCCAUGAUCUGAUCACCUGAUCCAAAUGGUGAAAACUUUUCCGCCUUGUGGAUUUGAGUUAAUCCAACAGAGAGAAUUUGGUCACCUCUGAGCUUGUGUAGCGGCUCAUCUAUCAGAGGACCUCAUUAGAAGAUUAUCAGUCCUCUGAGUCACAGUCAUGCCUGGACAGGCUCCUCUAUCCGACAGCCAUCAUAAUGCCGAUCAUUAAUUAAUCACCUCAUGACAAACAAGCUGAUCUCAACAUCACCACUGCGCCUACUUCCCCUCUAUAAUGUAAUUAACGCCCAUUUGGGUGGCGAUAAUGAUGACCCAUAGCGGGAAAAACACAAACAAGAGCAUUUUUUCCCAUUAGAAUGAAAGGCUUAUAAAAGCCCAUAUCACAGUGACGGGUGAAAUACAACACAGGGAGAGAGAAAAUAAAUUAAUAUAGAUGAGGCAUCUUUUGCUAAUGGAUGGAACAUUUCUAAGUAUAUCCAAAGAAGUCAAAUGCAUCGGCAGAACAUAGGCAAACAACGAACGAGUGACAUCUCAAAGCAAUAAUAUACGAAGCAUACACGACAGAGACUUGGUCAAAAUGAACGAGUCUAUCGCCAACUUCACUUUCUCGCCGACUCUGCUCUACGUCAACACGACUUUUAUGAAUGCCACCUCUUAUGAAAAUAACACAUUUGUGCAGUUCACCUAUGGUCUGUCCACCAUGUCCACACUUACGCAAAGUAAACUUACACAAACUACCUCUACUACUGCUAAUACUACUACUGCUACAACUACAGCUACAACAACAACAGCUGCACCCAACAUCCUAGCAUCCAUAAACCUGCCUUACAUGAUAGCCGAGCUUGUCAUAGCCUUGCUCUCCACAGUGGGCAACCUGCUGGUUUGUGUUGCGGUGGGACUAAACAGAAAGCUCCAAACAGUUACUAAUUACUUCCUGGUGUCACUAGCAGUGGCGGAUAUAUGCGUGGGUUCCCUGGCGAUUCCUUGCGCCAUUAUGACGGACCUGGGAAUUCCACGGCACAAUCUGUAUCUGUGUUUGCUAAUGUUAUCUGUGCUCAUCAUGUUAACCCAGAGUUCCAUCUUCAGCUUGCUGGCGGUCGCUGUGGAGCGUUAUGUGGCCAUUUUCAUGCCCUUCCAAUACCACCGGCUCAUGACACCUCGCAACGCAGUGCUGGUCUUGUGUGUCACUUGGACACUGGCCUUCCUGAUCGGUCUGGUGCCAUUGAUGGGCUGGCACAAGCCUCCGCCUGAGACGGGCUACUGUUUCUUCGUGUUGGUGGUGGAUAUGACCUACAUGGUCUACUUCAACUUCUUCGCCUGCGUCCUGACCCCACUGGUGGUGAUGUUCCUCAUCUACGCGCAGAUCUUCGUCACGGUCAAACGUCAGAUGAGGAGGAUUGCAGCAGAGCGGGGCGGCGCGACCAACACAGAGGGAACGGCGAAGAUGAAGAAAGAGAUGAAAAUGGCCACGUCGCUCUUUCUGGUCCUUUUCCUUUUCACGGUCUGCUGGAUUCCACUACAUAUCAUAAACUGCUUCCUGCUGCUGUGCCCCUCAUGUCCCGUUCCCCUACCACUGCUACUAACGGCCAUUAUUCUCUCCCACGCAAACUCAGCUGUUAACCCUUUUCUCUACGCCUACAAGAUGAAAACCUUCAGAAAAGCCUUCAAGGCAAUCUUUCUAUGUGGCAGGGGCAUCAGUGAUGGUGAUGAAGCAUGAUGAUGGGGGACACAACAACACACAAAGACCCUGAACACUAAACAAUUAGUCUAGUCCUAAAGUAAAGACUGAAAAGAAUGUGUAAAACCAGACCUGUAUUUUGUAUGCAUCACUCUCGUCCAUAUAUUUCUAAAGAAACAUUCUUUAAUUUGAGAGAGAAAAUACUAUUUUUUACGUACGACUUAAGACUAGGGCUGCACGAUUUGGGGUGGAUCAUAUUGAUAUUCUUCUGAUAAAACUUGUGAUUGCGUAAAAAUUAAAUUUAAACUAAAAAGCUUCAUACUAUCAAAUAUGAAUUAUUAGAGGUCAAGCACUGAAGGUGCGAUGACACCUAUUGUCGUUCUUACAGUUAUUCUUCUGUUUUUUUCUUCUUCUUCUGCUCAGGAAGUCUAUGGCAGCCAAUAGAACCACUUGCGAGAAAAUUAUGAAAUUUGGCACACUGAUAGAGGACAGUCCCAACAUUAACCACAGCUAAUUUGGAACAUCUAGCUCAAUCCAUGUAGCGCCACUUCCUGUCCAAAUUUUCACUCACGUUUAUGCUAAUAACUUUUGAAGCGUAAGGGUUAGCACCCUAUGACGUCAUUUUCCAUCAUGAAAAUUUUUCCGCCAUUUUGAAUUUUGCUCGUCCUGGACUGUUUGUCCAAUUUGUCCAAUUUUCAUGAAAAUCGAAUCAGAUCAUCUACAGACCAUGCUGGCAAAAAGUUAUCAAACGCUUUUUGACAAACCCAACCGUUCUCGAAUAACGCACAAACGAAUUUGACGAGGAGCACACAAAAUUGGACAUGAGGCUACAUCUCCACAACGCUUUAUCGUAUUGAAACCAAACUUGAUACAUGACAUCACAAGCAUGACCUAAGGCUACAUUCAGAGUCAGGAGAUUUAAAAAUAAAAUAAAAAUUGCUUAUAACUACUGAACAUUUUGCCCAAAAAACAUAAAAGUUAGAUUCGGGACAGCAUGCCAAGUCAAAUGAUAUACAAUUUUCCCAUAUCGCCCAUCUUGGGCAUCGGCCAUUUUGAAUUUUGCAGUAAAAUGCUGUAUUUUAUGAAUGCAUUAGCAUAUCACUACAAAACUCUGUAUGGGUCAUUGGCACAAUGCCCUGAAAGAGCCUGAGAAGUUUUGAGCCAGCAACACCUACUCUUAAAAUCAAAUAUUCACUUGCUUAUAACUUUAGAUUUGGAAUUUCCAUAGAUUCCUAAAUCCUUGCCAAGUCCAACCACACUAAUACAUUCCAGGUUUUGCCUAAUGGCUUGUGCAAUGUUGUGAUUUAGCGUUUAAACAACUUUUGCUUAUAUCUUUGAAACCGUUUAACCAUCCAAUCGAGACAAAACCACUGUAGGAAAAUCAGAAACAUAGGUUGUUGCUAAUUUGCUAAUUGCCAAAUGUCAAAAUUUUGAUAAUAAGUGGCAAAUAAAUGCAAUCAAAGUCAGGUGUGGGUCAUUUUCUGUGUGCAUACAUAUAAAUCUGUAUAACUCCUAAACGAAAUUAGGUAUUUUCACCAAAUUUGACACGGUUAUGUAUGGGGGCACUCUGAGGACACACACAAAAAAAAAGCAGUGGGACAAUAAUUGAACAAAACAUGAAAUUGGCUCUAACUACAGUACCAUUGGCUGAUUGACUUCAAAACUGACAUGCAGUGUCUUUGUCUCAGUUGCUAUCAAUGUCCAUUAUGACACUGGUGUACCUUGAAAAACAUGGCCGUCUUUUUAAAUACAAUAUUACAUUAAAAGUGCAAGCAGUGAUGAAAGGGCCCUUGCACAUGGGGCCACCGCCACCCAGUAGCCUCAGGAAAACAGUAAAUAGUGGGUGACAUGCAUAUAAGCGAGUAAAUAUAGGAGAAAUAUGGCAGUCAUUUCGACGUGCCACACUUCCUGCUGCCAACAGGUGGUGCUUUGACUAUAACUGACUGAAUAUUGCAAUGUAGAUGUCUUCAGGCCAGGACUGUUAUCAAACAUGUGAAGUUUGGAGCAGAUCGGACAUUGUAUGCCUGAGUUACAACAACUUCCUGUUUCAUGGGGUUAAUCGCAUACUUUAGCACUUAGCCAAGUGUUGCAUGAGUUAACGUGUUUCUAGCAUGUUUGGUACUUCAUGGCAUAUACAAAUGUGUUUCUGGGAGAGAAUUACAAUGCAAAGCAUGCCACUUCUUGUUUCCAGCAGGUGGCGCUAUGACUAACUUAAUAUAUUGGCAUAUAGAUGUAUUUAGGCCAGGACUCUUAUCACACGUGUGAAGUUUGGGGACAGAUCAGACAUUGUAUUCCU